AUGGUAGAAGUAAGAAUCUAUCCCAUAUACUUUAACAGAGGAAUAAAACGGUCACAAGGAAGAAAGGUGCCAUUCUCCAGUAACUCAAAGCCAGUCACACUGCAGCAGCUCCUUAAAGCACUGAUUCAGCUAAAGAUCGAAUAUAAAGUAGAAACCAAGCAGCACCCAAAGCAUUCGUAUGCACUUUGCGCAGAGUGCCUGCCUGCAGCCACAAAACCAGAAGAAGUGGAGAGACUAUUUAGCACAACAGGAGGGUCAGUUAUGAUUACAACUGACAGUAAAAGGCAGUUAAUAAAAGAGAUAAAUGACUUAUUAAGCACAAAUAAAUAA